UUAGCUGGCAGUGCUAGCGGAGAUGCUAUUUGCCAACGCACCUGUCCGUCAAACCACAUACACCUACCUGGCACUUCCUUGUGUUGGUACCCAGAUCCUUGGCACGGGCCCCUUCUCUCCUACUGUCGGCGGUGGCGGUAGAGUACCCGUAUAACACCAAUCCACCAUUUCCAUAUUCCCCCGAGUCUUCAUGGAAAUGUGCGUUGCAAGGAAACGCGAUGCGCAUGGGAGGGAAUAACAUCACGCUGGAUUGAUAUCCGUACGUGGCUCACGCAAGGUGCAUGUCAGCGAGGGAGACAGUGCACUUGUCAAGCCGGAUUUUUAAUAUAUUUUGUGGCAGAACAUCGCGGAUUAUUUUACAGAGUUAAAUUCUGCGGAUAGCCUAAAAUCUAGGAAUUUACACGGCCUCCUAAACUACGGUCUCAUAAAGCUUGGUCCUGACCAGUGGAUGAGAGGAUGGGGCCGUGGCUAGCCUCGCUCUGAAGAGGUCAGGGAUGUAAGAAAAGAUCCAAACACCAUGGGUGAUAAUGUGUGAGGGCUGAGAGCAUGUACAGGAGGAAUGGGCUCCCCGCCAGCGUCAGCAUCACCUCCGCCUCUCCAGACGACAGCAGCAGUUCUGAGUCUCUGGAUGGGCGGAGUCUGGACUCGUCUAAAAGUUAUGACGCUGUUGUGUUUGACGUGCUGAAAGUGACUCCUGAGGAGUUCGCUAGCCAGAUUACUCUGAUGGACGCCCCAGUGUUCAAGGCCAUCCAGCCAGAGGAGCUGGCCAGCUGUGAAUGGAAUAAAAAAGAGAAGCACAUCCUGGCUCCUAACGUGGUUGCCUUCACACGCAGGUUCAACCAGGUGAGCUUUUGGGUGGUGAGGGAGAUUCUGACCAUUCAGACGUUGAAGAUCCGAGCGGAAAUUCUCAGUCAUUUCAUCAAGAUUGCCAAGAAACUCCUGGAGCUAAAUAACCUUCAUUCUCUGGUUGCCGUGGUGUCAGCCCUUCAGAGUGCUCCCAUCUUCAGACUCAGCAAGACAUGGGCGCUGGUUAGUCGUAAGGACAAGGCCACGUUUGAGAAGCUGGACUUCCUAACAUCUAAGGAGGAAAACUACACGCGCAUGAGAGAGCACAUAAGAUCACUAAAGAUGGCUCCCUGCACACCAUACCUAGGGAUCUACCUGUUUGAUAUGACCUACAUCGACUCGGCCUAUCCAGCGUCCGAUAGCAUCAUGGAGACCGAGCAGAGGUCCAAUCAGAUGAACAACCUGCUGCGGGUCAUCUCCGACCUACAGGUGUCCUGUAACUACGAACACUUGCUGACCCUUCCGCAUGUGCAGAAGUAUCUGAUGUCUGUGCACUACAUCGAGGAGCUGCAGAAGUUUGUGGAGGAUGACAACUACAAGCUCUCUCUGAAAAUCGAGCCUGGGAACAGCUCUCCGCGCCUGGUGUCGUCCAAAGAGGACCUUGGAGGACCCUCGGAGGUCAGUGCGUCUGUGAGGUUCUCCCGACGACCCACCUGCCCAGACACCUCAGUGGGGGCACGCCUGCCCACCCCACCCCCGGCACGCCACCGCAAGAGCCACAGCCUGGGGAACAACAUCAGCCAAUUUGGAGUAUCGGAGAGCAAGAGUGCCAUCUUCCCAGCGGAGAAACCACGCCACCUACUGGACGACAGUUUUCUGGAGUCGCACAGUCCUGUCCGCAACCACACACAUGACUCAGUCUUCACCAACGGGGUCUCGCUAGGCAGUAGGGACAGCUCCUUCAGUGAUGAACUGACUUCUGGUAUGGAGAGGGGCCGUAUGUACGCCACCCUGGGCCCCAACUGGAGGGUUCCAGUCCGCACUUCUCCGCGGAGUCGAAGUUACAUUUACAGUAGGCCGUCUGGGGCUGUGUCCAGUUACGAGUGCAGUGCCCUCUGCAGCGUCACCAUGGAGGGACCCCUGCGGCGCAAGACUCUGCUUAAGGGAGGACGCAAACCUACCCUGUCCUCCUGGACACGGUACUGGGUUGCCCUGUCCGGCGCCGCACUCGUCUACUUUGGAGCGAAAGCGCUGAGGGCCAGCGAGAGGAGACACUACAAGUCGACACCCUGUAAGAAGAUCAUUUUGACCGGGUGGAUAGCCGUGCUUCCAGACGAUCCCGACCAUCCCAACAUUUUCCAGUUGAACGACCCUGAUAAAGGAAAUGUUUACAAGUUCCAGACGGGGUCACGCUUCUCUGCCAUCAUCUGGCACAAGCACCUGGAGGAGGCCUGUCGGAGCAGCCGUCCUCAGGCCCCUGCCAACCUCAUGUCAUUUGAGUAGCUGCCAGAAGAGGGUGCUAUUGAGCAUGACGCGUCAGCCUCCAUCAGCAGUAACAGCAGUGAUGUGGAGGAUCCACUCUGCAGUUGGUGGCCCAUCAGGCCUUGCGUUCUUGCGAGAGGUCCUGCCUUUGCUUUACAAAGCCAAGAGAACACUGAGACUCUGGACCCGAGUCUGAGGCAUCCCAGCAGGCCUUUCCCAGCUCCUGGACAUGGAGGAGUGUGUCUCUCUCGCUGGGCAAGCUGGUGUGUGUGUGUGUGUGUGUGUGUGUGUGUGUUUGUGUGUGUGUGUGUGUGUGUGUGAUAACAGCAUCUAUCUGUAUCUGGGGUCUUUACAUUUCUGUCCUGCUGUAUACAGUGUGGGUCACAACAGCUUCACUGAAGAUCCAGUGCCUAU